UCAGCCUGCAUCCUUCUCGCCCGCUCUACUAGCGCGCUCCGACUCAACCGUCUCCUCUCUUCGGCGUGAAUUCUUGUUCCAGGCUGUGCUAGGGUCGCGUGGAAGAGACAUCAUCUAGUUCCAAAUUCACUAGCUUCUGGGCCAUCGCGGCCCGCCACAUUCGUUUCUUUCCCGCCCUCGUUACUUCAACAGCGAUAUGCUGCCCUCGCUCAUUACCGCAUCAUUAUUGGGACUUGGUAGCCUCCAAGGAGCCCUAGCCGCGACGGCCGAGCAGUGGAGGACCCGGAGCAUAUACCAAAUCAUCACCGACCGAUACUCUCUCGAACCAGGAGCCGUAGUCAAUGAAUGCGUCGUUUCCCAAGCUACCUGGUGUGGUGGGACCUGGAAAGGUAUAAUGAAUAAGUUGGACUACAUCCAGAAUGCUGGCUUCACCGCAAUCUGGAUCAGUCCAGUCAACCAGAACUACGGGGGUCCAAGGACAGCGUAUGGGGACCCUUACCACGGCUACUGGCCUGCAGACAUAUCUCAGUUGAAUGAUAAAAUGGGGACAUCGGACGACUUGAAGGCACUGUCUGCAGAGCUGCAUCGCCGGGAUAUGUAA